AUGGAUAACGGAUGCCACUGUUCAGUUCACAGUGACAGGCACUUGAAUCCUAUCCUCUACAACAUCCUCAGCCAAAUGGAUAACACCAGCAAACCGACUCAAAACAACUUUGACUACAAUUCAAUACCUCACAGAUGCAACUGUGAGAUGCAACGGACAGUGUGCUUGAAAAGGCCGUUGGAGGUUUGCCAGGAAGCUUCAGCAGUCCUCGUUAAAACAGUCCAUUUCAUGAAGAAUUUACCUGCCUUUAACCAGCUUCCGUCAAACGACCAGUUCUCACUUCUUCAAAGCUGCUGGGCACCGCUCUUCAUUUUGGGUUUGGCCCAGGAGGGUGUGAACUUUGAGGUGACGGACAGCCCUGCAGACAGCAUGCUUAAGAAGAUCCUGUUGAACCGCCAGGAGAGCUGUGAGAUGGAGAGAGAGCAACCCACCAUCGCUGGAGUCAGCAAACUCAAGUCCUGCCUCAAAAAAUUUUGGAGCUUGGAUUUGAGCCCCAAGGAGUAUGCAUACCUCAAAGGGACUGUCAUAUUUAAUCCAGAUGUGCGAGAUUUAAAGGCGGCUCUGUUUGUUGAGGGGCUGCAGCAGGAAGCUCAACAUGCCCUGAGAGACGUCGUCCAGCUCCUUCACCCAGGGGACCAGGAGCGCUUCACACAAAUCCUGCUCACAGCCUCCAUGCUGCAGGCCAUCACGCCCAGCCUCAUCACUGAACUGUUCUUCCGGCCUGUGAUUGGUCAGGCUGAUCUGCUGGAGCUGCUGGUCGACAUGCUCUUCUGUAGGUAG